AUGACAGCUCGACAGGACCCUGACAACCUCGCAUGGGACCGGAGUGACGCGCUUAUUGAGGAGGCGAUUCGGCAAGUUCGACUGUCUUCCACGUGUCGCCAGAUUGAAUCUUUUGCACAGAAAAUAUUUGGAGAACACGCAAAGCGGAUUCCCCCAUUGAUUAUUGGUGGCUUCAACGUGCUAUACCCGAUUAGAAUUGAAAACUCCUCCACUGAGGUUCUCGUGCGUGUCCCCUGCCCUAACCAGGCAGUGUUUCCCGAAGAGAAAAUGCUUGCAGAAGUUGCAACGACAGAAUAUAUCAGUCAAUACACUCACAUUCCGGUUCCGAAAAUCUUCUACCAUGGAAUUGAUUCCGAUAUUGGGCCAUUCAUGGUUAUUCAAGAUCUUGGCUCCCGGCGAGACAUAGUCGACGCUCUUGAGAUUCCUCGCGAGGAUCCUAGCGAGACGCCCGUCUUGCAUCCCGAAAUUUCCGAAAGGAAGCUUAAGAGACUGUAUAUCAAGAUGGCACGGUGUGUGCAACAGCUUGCACAACCUACGUUUCCACGCAUCGGAGCUCUAGUUGAAACAGACCCCGGAUCAUACCAAGUAAUGGGGCGACCUAUUACUCUUAAUAUGAACAAUAUGGUUCGAAUUUCUAAUAUCCCCCAAUCAGUCUUUCCGUCAGAAGGGACCACAUACCAGACCGCUGAUGAGUGGUUCGUGGAGCUAGCCAAUAUGCAAAUGGCAACACUAAUUUUCCAGCGUAACGAUAUGGUAUCGUCGGAGGAUGACUGUAGGACGAAAUACGUCGCCCGCCAACAAUUUCGCAAAUUAGCCAGACAAGGCCGGUUGUCAAAGUUUGGGUUUGCUGAAGAUGACUGGUCGGCCCACUCUAAGCACGCUCGUGCGAGGUUGCCAGCGCCGGAAGGUUCUGGCUCUUUCCGCCUCUGGUGUGAUGAUUUCAGGCCAGCCAACGUUCUUAUUGAUGAGAAUGACCAGGUUAUCGGCGCUGUCGAUUGGGAGUUCGCCUACGUCGGGCCGACACAAUUUGUCUUGGACCCGCCUUGGUGGCUACUACUUGACGUGCCCGAGAUGUGGGAUGGGGGCAUUGAGAAAUGGGCCAGUGUGUAUGAGCGGAGGCUGGAGACUUGGCUUUCGGCGAUGGAAGAGGUAGAAAAAGACGCAAGUCCGGGUUGUUUGCUGCUCUCGGCGUACAUGCGAGAAAGUUGGGCAACGGGCCGCUUCUGGCUUAACUAUGCCGCUCGAAAGAGCUGGGCGUUUGAUGCCAUUUACUGGAAGUACCUGGACGAAAGGUUCUUUGGUAAACGGGGUGCAGAUGUUCCCGCAAAGGAAUUAUGGAAGACGAGGGUGCAUCUUCUAAGUAACGUGGAGCCAGCGGCAAUGGAGCGGCUGGUGCAAACGAAGAUGGAGGAAAUGAAGGAACGGAUUUUGGUUGAGUGGGACGCAAAGGAGGCAACAGAGCACUUGUCUUCCUUUCUACUUGAUUGA